AACAGAAACUUUCAGGCGUCCCCUCCUCUCUCUCCCAGGCCAGGCUGGCAUCGGAUCCCGGGUGAUUAAUCCGAAUCUUGGGGUCCAGGAGCCUUGCACGGACUUGGAAUCAGCCGAGAUGGGAGUAGGAGGUGGCCUCCCGCAGCUACGGCAGGGGAGUGUCCGCUCAGCGCCGUGACACCACAGGGCCAGCGCGGCAUCCGGGGGCGCAGGGCCGGGGCUGGAGGCUUCCGGGAACCCCUGUCCCUCGGCCGGCCGCUGCACCCUGACAGCCGCCAGAUAAGCUCUAUCGCAGCGGCCAGAGCCGGGGGACAGCCGGAUACGGGGACCACGGAGUGCAUUCCCAGAACCAGCACCCGCGGGGACGAGCGGGCUUCGGGGAGCUUCACCCGCUCGCGGACAGUGACAGCCAGCCGGCGCAGGGCGGUGGAGCGCGGGCCGGGAGGUCCAGACCCGCUCCAAGGUCCACAGAGGGUCCUAGCUGUGUCUCUGAGCCUCAGUUUCCCCAUCUGUGAAGUUGAGCCAUCAGUUGCUCCUGCUACUUAGGAGGUGACAGCCAUGUCCGUGCGGUUGAGGUUCCUGUCCCCUGGGGAUGCCGGAGCUGUGGGGACCGUGGGCCGCAGCGCCUCCUUUGCUGGCUUCAGCAGUGCGCAAAGCCGAAGGGUCUCAAAGUCCAUCAACAGGAACUCCGUGCGGUCACGGCUGCCGGCCAAGUCCUCCAAGGCCUACGGCACGCUGCGUAAGGGCUCACUCUGUCUGGACCCCCGGCCGCAGCAAGUGAAGAAAAUCUUCGAUGCUUUGAAGAGAGGCCUCAGGGAGCACCUGUGUGAACAGCAGGCCGAACUGGACUACCUGUGCGGGCGCCACACGGACACCCAGAGGAGCUCCAGGCUGGCCUUUUACUACGAUCUGGACAAGCAAAUGCGCUUGGUGGAGAGACACAUCCGGAAGGUGGAGUUCCACAUCAGCAAGGUAGACGAGCUCCACGAAGGCUACUGUAUCCAGUGGCGUCUUCGAGAUGGCGCCUCCAACAUGCAGCGCGCCUUCAGCAACAGCACCCAGAGCCGGGCCUCCCGAGAGAGCCUGCAGGAGCUGGGCCGCAGUUUGCAGGAGUGCAUGGAGGACAUGUGCGUCAUAGAGGGGGCCUUGGAAGCUCACCUGGGCGAGUUCCAUGUCAGGAUGAAAGGUUUGGUGGGCUAUGCACGCCUCUGUCCUGGAGACCAGUAUGAGGUGCUCAUGCGCCUGGGCCGUCAGCGGUGGCGGCUGAAGGGCCGGAUCGAGCCGGAUGACAGCCAGACCUGGGACGAGGAGGAGAGGGCCUUUGUGCCCACUGUACAUGAGCACCUGGAGAUCAAGGUGACAGAGCUUCGAGGCCUGAGCUCCAUGGUGGUGGGCGCUGUGACGUGCGACAUCGCGGACUUCUUCACAGCCCGGCCCCAGCUUGUGGUGGUGGACAUCACUGAGCUGGGCACCAUCAAGCUGCAGCUGGAGCUGCUGUGGAACCCCUUGGACUCCGAGUGUCGGCUGGUGUCGCCCAGCCCCACUGGCAGGUUCUCCAUAGGCAGCAGGAAGGGCUCCCUGUACACCUGGACGCCUCCCAGCACCCCCAGCUUCCGGGACAAAUACUACCUGUCUGUCCUCCAGCAGCCAAUGCAGCAGGCCCUGCUGCUAGGUGGGCCAAGGGCCACCUCCAUCCUCGGCUACUUAUCUGACAGUGAGCUCCAGGGCGCCCCCCUGCGGAGCCGGAGCCAGGAGCUCCUGGAGAUGGACUCCUUCAGCUCCGAGGACCCCAGAGACGCUGAGACCAGCACUUCAGCGUCCACCUCAGAUGUGGGGUUCCUACCCGUUCCUGCGGGCCCCAUGGCCUGCAAAGAAGAGGAGAGCAGGGAGGAGCCCCCGCCUCCGGGCCUGCUGCCAGGCCUGGCUCACCCAGCCGGGGCUGUGCUUGUAGAACGGCCGGGCUGGAGGGAUUUGGGAGGAGAGAGGCUGGCCCUGCUGGAAGAUGCCCCCACCCACAGCCCCGAGGUGCCACGGAGACAGAAGGGCCAGGAGGAUGGAGAUGUGGGGGACGGAGUGGAGGGGCCGGUACAGGAGGUCCUGGACCUGCUGCGGUCUGCAGAUCCUGCGCAGCCCCAGCUCAGGGAGCUGGAGUACCAAGUCCUCGGCCUCAGGGACCGGCUGAAGCCCCGAGGGGUGCAGCCGGAGCCUGUGUCAGCGCAGAGCCUGAUGGACUGUAUCCUUGAGAGCUUUGCCUUUCUGAACGCCGACCUUGCCAGUGACGAGCUGUCCCUGUUUGGGGGCUCCCAGGCUCCUGAGAGGGACAGCCCCCCACCCCCACGGCCAUCAUUGAAGGUGUCGGCCAGCGAGCUCACAACCGGUGCCCCUGAGCUGGACAUGCUGCUUACUGUCCACCUGCAAGUCUGCAAGGCCCUGCUGCAGAAACUGGCCUCCCCUAAUUUGUCACGGAUGGUCCAGGAUUGCCUCCUGGAAGAAGCAGCCCAGCAAAGGCAGGUCCUGGAAGUGCUUUCAGACCUUGACUUUGAGCAGGUCAGCAAGGCCAGGUCGGUUGAAGAGAUCAUCCCACAGGCCCCUCCCAGGAAGGGUGGCCUAGCACUGUGGCGAGGAUGCACGCAGCCUGGUGAGGUCCUGGCCUGCCCUGCCUCCACACUCCUGAGCCAGCUCAAGAAGACGUUCCUCCACCGCGUCCGAGGGAAGUACCCCGGCCAGCUGGAGAUAGUGUGUCGAAGGCUCCUGGAGCAGGUGGUUGGCUGUGGUGGGCUACUGGGCACAACGGGGCUCCAGGAGGAGCCGAUGGUCACCUGGUUCCAGUUCCACAGCUACCUGCAGCGGCAAGGCAUUGCUGACCUGGAGAAACACCUCAACCAGCUCACCAAGGAAGUUACUCUCAUUGAGGAGCUGCAGGGUGCAGGCCCAGCCAAGGCCCUGAGGAAGCUGCAUGGGAGGCGUCUGGGCCAGCUGCAGCCCCUGCCACAGACACUUCGAGCCUGGGCACUACUGCAGCUGGACGGACCCCCGCGGCUGUGCAGGACGGCCAGAACGCGCCUGGCCAGCGCGGCCAGGAACAGGCGCUUCCGGGAAAAGGCUCUGCUGUACUACACCAAUGCCUUAAACGACAGUGACGACAAGUUCCAGCAGGCGGCGUGCAUGGCGCUGCAGCAGCUGGGGGCGACUGAAAGCAUCGAACAGAUCGCCAGCCUGUGUCAGUCUGACCUGGAGGCCGUGCGGGUUGCGGCGCGGGAGGCGACACUGUCCUUCGGUGAGAAAGGACGCCUAGCUUUCGAGAAGAUGGACAGACUCCAUUCAGAACAGGACGCCUUCUGCCAGGAAGCAGAUGUUGAAAUCACGAUUUUUUAAGAAGCUGUGACCAAUAAGCUCAAAUCUGGCCUCUUUCUUCCUUGAUGCUGCCUAGCCACCACAGUGUGCAAGUUUUGGAUGGCACUCCCUCACAAGCGUGAGCUGGUCAGGAUGGCUACCUGAUGUUUGGGUCGGUACCCAGCCCAGGGGCAUGGUGGUAUUUACAGAACAGAAAGAAGUGUUGUGUGAGACCUCCAGAGCCGUGGCCUUCCACCAAAUGUUUUGCCUUCUUGUUUUCCUGGGGUGCAAUGCCAGGACUGCGGGCGCUGAGGAUCAAGGGUCCAGGCCAAGGUGAGGCUCCAAGGCGGACAAGAUGGACUGAGUGUGACCCCCCUCAGCUGGGGCAGAACUGGUCCAACAAACAUGGGCUACCACAGGCAGCGGGUGGGCAGGCCCUCUUCCAGAGGCCUCAGGCCACUAGAUGAGUCGCUCCAGAUGCUGGAGCUGAGGUUUUUCACUGUCUAUGGAGACCCACAUGGGGCUCUCGGGGCUGACUCAGGCAUACCCCAUUAGAGUCUUGUAGACCAUGUGUGCUGACCUGGUAUUUAUUUGCCUCAUUCAUGUCCACUCCCUGAAGUCUCAAUUAAAAACUCUAGUUCAUGGCUACUUUGCUGCCCAGAGUAGAUAUGGGAGAUAUCUAUGGGAGGGGUGGCCAGGGCCUCAGGGCUCUCUGCAGCACCCACUGGGGAUCCUCCCUACACUCUUGAUUCCUAAGGCUCGUGGUAGGCCUUGCCCUCCUCUGGGGGGCACUUUGACGAUACCCCAGACCUUCACCAAGUCUUUGCCACACUGAUUUAUCCCAGAGUGACUAGUCAUUCACCUUCUCAUGCUGAUGUUGUCUGUGAACGCUCACACACCAUUUUCAUACCUGAAGCUUUCGGCUGGGACAGUGGCGCCAGGCCCACAGAGGGGACCAUUUGCUACACAGCAACUGUGAAUCCCCGAGGGGUAUAUGGGGCUGUGCUUUCUACCACAUCUGUCACUGUACAAGUCUGAAGUGACUUUGAAACAGGAAGUCAGUCACCUUGGGGUCUUACAGGUUUAGUCUUGUGCAAGAAUGGGAGGUCAUGCUGCUUUCGGGUCUCAUUUUCGUUUCCAAGUGUACAUCAAAUGAGGUUUGUGGAUGUCCUGAGACACGGUCUUGGGUCCAUGGUGUCUGACAGGCAGCUGGCCAAGGGGCAGUGAGGAGGCUGGCACAGGGGUGCUGGUGAUCUCUGUGAGUCUUAAGGUCCUCCAGGCUGCCAAAGGGUGGGUUCCUGAAAGAUUAGUGUGGGGUCCCCAAGUUUCCCGCAAGCUCUGCAGCAAACGCAGGCUGGCCAGUCACCAGUACAUCCAACCCACAGCAUGCUAACCCUGCUGGGCAUCUGUCUGCCUCAUGUUGGUGGGGUAGUAUACAGAUGACUGCCCACUCCAGCCCAGAUCUGUCAGGUAAAGAAAACGGAAGCACCUCAUAUCCAUGUUCUUUAAAAACAUUUAUUGUUGCAACUAAUGCAGACCCAUCAGUGAGACAGCAAGUUGGAAACAGGUGCAGUCCGACAGUUCUGUGAGGUCACAGAAGACCCUGAGACACCCCCACUGGGGCAUGCACCACCCCACACACUAUACCAGAACUCUUUAUUUUUAUUGUUGGUUUCUAUUUUUGUAAAAAUGGUUUAUUCCAUGGCCAUGAAGAAGAAAGAAUAAGAAGCAGAGGAAGAAGAAAGGAGGAAGAAGAAGGAAGGAAGAGGAAGGAAGGAAGGAAGGAAGGAAGGAAGGAAGGAAGGAAGGAAGGAAGGAAG